UGAUAUUUCAAUGUGAAAAAUUUUGUUUUUAGGAAAUUGUUUGUUCAAAAUUUUAAUAUUUAAGUGUUUAAAAGUCCAAAUUUUACGUUUUCCCCACAAUGAGUGUGACGAGUUUGAGUUCGCAAACUUUGCGAAAUAGAAAAUUCAAAUUGAAAUUAGCAAAAUUUUUAAAGGAUAAAGACAUACCACAAUGGUAUCGAGCUUUUUCCACAUUCCAGCUCAAUGCAAUGGAUAAACUGAUGUCAGCAAUACGCGACGAUGUCGAACAGGACACAUCACAUCGGGUGCGUUACUGCUUAAGCGUGCUAGGCUUGCAGCCGUUACUCGGCAAUAAAGGCUUGAGAAUGAUGAUGCAUUUGAGUGGUGGCAAUGAUUUGGCCUUUCUCUGGUUCCUCAUGGAGUUCCACUACAAGACACCCGACGAGAAUGAUUAUAGUCUCAAUGAACAGUUAAUCAUUUCCGCCAUUGCACACUUGGAUAUGAUAACAACAUUACGUGGAUUAGAUAGCAUAUUACCACAGGGUCAUAGAGCCAGACGUCCGUAUCGUGAACUCAAACGUAAAUACAAAGCUAAACAAGAAAGUGCAAAAUUUAUGAAAUUCGAGAAGAAUGGCAAACUUCAGCCGUAUUUUGAAAAAUUAGAGAGACCCAUACAGAUUGCCGUAACGAAUAAAUUGAAGAGACCCGAUUUUAAGGUGAGAUUUCGUGCAUAUGAAAAAUACAAGGAUCCACACUACGAACCGCCCAAUGAGAAGAAUCGUUGGUUCGCCAUGUAUACGUUUCGUGAAUCUGUACGGAUACCGGUGGCGGAGCUUCGACUCUACUUUGAUGGUUUCUUUCAAAAUAUUGUCAAUGAAAAUAGAAGCGGAGAAAAGACGGCACUAACCAUCAUUGACUCGGCAAUAAAAAAUUUAAAUUUAUCUCGAAAAGAAAAGAGCGUGUGCAUUCAUCAUCAAAGAGAGGCGGAAAAUAUGAACGCGCAAAGAGCAAUGAAACAGGUGCAGGAGAAAGAGAAAUGUUUAGCGCGAUUGGAGUUGUUUCGAAAGCAAAAACAGGCAAGGUUGAGUCGCAUACACGAAACACUAGAGAGGGAAGUCAAUGCGUAUCGUGCGUUGUACAAAGAGAAAGAGAAAACAAAAUAUGGCAAGCAAUACUUAAGUAUGCUCAGCAAUGAACAAUAUAAUGAAUAUUCAAUAGAAGAGAAUGCGCAAAGCUGUAUUACGCCACCCUCUUCCUCGGACGAAUCAACGCAUACCGUGCAAGCAAUGCCAAGCGCCACGUACAAACUACAAAGCAAAAAGGAAACUACACGCAUACGAGGCGGCGUUGACUACACACGAGAAGCAUCCAUAACAUUCCUACCCACACCACAGGAAAACAGCUCUACUCUCAAUGCUGAAGAUCGAGAAUAUCUGCUGAAUUACGAUUAUGGUCACUCAAAAACAGUUUCGCCCACAACAUCACAAUACUUCUUUACAUCGCCCACACAACAUCAACCAUACAAAUUUAACUACGAUAAAAUAUUCAAUUGUGAAUAUAAAGGAAAUAACAGAGUGAAAUUUAUAAGGAAAAUUUGUGCACGCACAUUGCAAGAUCGACAAGAUGAGGAGUUGUCGCGGUGCUUCGAUAUGCCCACAGUGGCGGGCGUGGCAAAGCAGUAUGCCGACAACUAUUGGGUUGAGAAGCAUGUGGAGAUGCGUAAAGGCUAUAUUGACAUACGCAAACAAAUCGGUCUAACCGAAGUGGAGGAUUUGAGCGCACAAGGGCAUCUGCCCUCGUCGGAGGAUAUGCCAGCGGAUAUGCCCAAACUUGGCUUUUACGAUUGUGAGGAUAAGGAAUUAAUGCAUCGCAUGUUGAGAAUUGCGCUCUCGCAUUUGGCAAAGAAUCCCAAGUAUGUGCUCGCCUCAUUGAAAGAUUGCCAUAAAUUACCCUUUCUGCGGGAGUGGAUCUAUCAACGUUAUGGCAAAAGGUAUACACAAGCUGAGCGUAUUGCUGAUUUUAAACUGUCGCGUAAAAUGUUAAUUGGCAUUAACAAUUUGAAAGCGGGCGUUAGAAUACCAAGGAGCUCUGAUAUUGCAAAGAAUGCCAUACUCAAGAAAAAAUCCACUUGUCAUAGUUAUCUCAAUAAAAAGGUGAAAAGACUACGCAAUGCUUUUUUUCAACAAACUGGUAAGGCUCACAUGGAAAAUGCGCGUUUAAUGUGGCUCACCAUGAAUGAUGCAAUGUGUUCGAUAUCUCAUCGUGAUAUCUUCUUUUCCUAUAUGCCACAACGUAUUAAAGAUUUACAUUAUCAUAAUCCAUGGAGUCUCCGACAAGUACGGGAUAUGAAAAUGCCUUGGAAAAACAGAUUGAAACAACAGAGGGAGAGUGCUCAAAAUAAAUUGGUUAUUUUUAAAACAAUUAUUUUGGUAUCAUUCGCGAAAAUUUUUCUGAAAAUGCUCUUGUCUACACGAAAAGCUCAAGAUUUUCUCGUGGAUUAUAUGCAAUAUAGAGAUGUUCCAACAUGGUAUCGAGGGACAUCGACAUUUCAAAUAGCAGCAGCCGAUCAGUUGGCUAACUCGAUACGUGAUGAUGUCGCACAGGAAACAUCUCAUCGGGUGCGUAAUUGCCUCAAUCGUCUAGGUUUGUUGCCAGCAGUGCGAGAUAAGGAUUUAAAAAUGCUCAUGAGAAUGAGUGGCGGCAAUGAUUUGGCUUUUCUAUGGUUCCUAAUGGAGUUGUAUUAUAAGACACCAGGCGAGGACUAUAGUAGCCUCAAUGAACAAUUGAUAUUAACAUCCAUAGCACAUCUUGAUAUGAUUACAACAUUACGCGAAUUGGAUCACAUUCUACCACCGGGACACGCUUCGAAACGUCAGUUGCAAAAACGGCAACGGCAAAAGUUGCGUAAUAAAAGUUGGCUAAAACCACAGAAGCCAGUGUCCAAAAAGCUGGCCAGAAAACAUUCAUCACCAUAUUUUAAUAAAUUAGAACGACCUGUACAAUAUGGCAAACCGUUGAAUUUGGAGAGGCCUGAUUUUAAGGUCCAAUUCAUUCGUUAUGAAAUCUAUAAGGAUCCAAAUUACGUGCCGCCAAACGAGGAAAAUCGUUGGUAUGCAAAACAUGUUUUUAAUGAAGCGAGACGCAUUUCGACUAAGACAAUACGUGAAGUUAUCAAUAAUUUAUCAGAUAACUUCGAAUUAACCGCAAAGAAUAAAUCGAAUACAGCUUUGCAGAUCAUUGAUUUUGCAUUGAGUGAAAUGGACCUUUCGAAACAUCGGGAUUUGAAGGUUUUGUGUAAAAAACAUCAGUUUGAAGAGCAGCAAAAGGAAAUGCGAAUGAAAGAUUUGAUGUCACAGAAAAAAGAAAAAUGUUUAGAAAAUCUCGAUUUUGGUCGCAAAGCAAGAGAAAAACAACUUGAAAAGAUACAAAAAAUGUUGGAGACCGAAGUUGAAAUGUAUCGUCUGCAUUAUCGAAAAAAGUUAAGCGAACAUAAAGGGAAUCACAGUUCUGUACGUAUACUCGGUAAAGAAGGUUAUUGUGAGCAUUUAAUAGAGGAUGAACGGCAAGACGACAAUGGUGAAGUUCAGAAUUGCUCGAAAUCAUCGGUAGCUUCAAUACCGAUUCUGAAUUCACAGCACUCAAAAAAACACAGUUUACCCUCAAAAACUAGGCAGUCUCUUGAAAAAGAAGAACGAGCAUUGUUGCUAUUGCAUAAAGGAAAUAAUCGUUUGUCCUUUGGUAGUAGGACUAGUGAACUUCGCCGAUUUCAAUCAAGCAAUCCUACACCGCGUUCAUCAGAGCGUUAUUUCGUUGCUCCCACCGAAAAUAAACCAUAUCGUUUUAGUUAUCCAAAAAUAUUUCAUUAUGAAGAUGAAUAUGAUCAAAGAAUAUUUAUUAAAAACACAUGUGUUGAAGCAUUGGAUGCGGAUAGAGAUCAAGUACCAAAAAUGGUGGAUCAAACGCCGGACUUAGGUAAAUUGACAGAGAAAUUUGCAGAUGAGACUUGGCGAAAAAAUGAGGAGCAAUGGAGGAAAGAUAAUUAUAGUGACAAUCCCGAAGUCGUACGUCCCGAUCCCUAUCCACGUGACAUGCCACGUUUAUCAUUUUACGAUUGUGAGGAUAAAAAACUAAUGAAUGAUAUGUUAAAGAUUGCUUUGCAUGAGAUGGCAAAAAAUCCAAAAUUUGUAUUGGCCUCAUUACCAGAUGCCCACAAGCUGCCUAUGCUACGUGAGUGGAUCUAUCAACGCUAUGGCAAAAGAUAUACUCAUGCACAGCGUAUUCAAGAAGUAAAUAUGUCAUUAAAAAUAAUGAGUGUUUUACAAAGACUAAAAUUAAAAUCAGAGCUUCCCUCACCACAUGCAAUUGCUUCAAAACAUAGGCAAAACUACAAAUGUCACAGUUACAUUAUGAAGAAGGUGAACCUAGUCAGACAGCAAUACUAUAAUCGUCUCAAUUCAGAUCUUUUAACGCGCGCUCGUUACUUUUGGUUCGCGAUGCGUAUUGCACUAUGUGCAUUACCAACACGUGCAACAUUUUUUGCAUAUUUGCCAGCAAGAACGGCAGAUAAUUAUCUUUUUAAGCCGUGGAAACUAAACGAACGUAUGGAGGCAAAGGAAGAAUGGGAUAAAAGACGAUUUUUAAAUAAACAGGAAUUGUUAGGACUGUAAUGAAUAUACAGGUUUAAGACAAAUUUUAUUUGUAUGAUAAAAUUGAUUUCAUUUAGUUUGGGAUGAAUAAAUUUUAUAAACAUAA